AUGGACUAUAAAGUUAUAGUGUUGGUGCUUCUAAUAAAAGUUGUGACUGGACGUAUUGAAAUUGAUAUAAAUGUGGAUGAAGAUGAAAAAGUUAACAUAAGCUAUUCAGGAUCGGAGUUAAAUUUAAUAUCGGACAAUGACAUCAAUCUGUUCAAAGUACAAAGAUUACAUAAUGCUGUGAAACAACAUUUAGGGAAGGAGCCCAAAGAUGUCUACCUUCGCAGUCCAACGCCUUGGGGAGAUCUGUACAAAACAUACAGCUGGCAGCCAGUGAUGCGACUUCUAUCGAUUAAAUCGGCCAGAGUAACGCGCAUGACAAUGGAACCAGUCAUAGUGCUGUCACAUGACUUUGAAAACUUAUCGAAUCAAACGGUAAAAGUUAAUACAGGGAUCACACAGAGUGUGGAAAAUACUCUAACAACAAGUUGGUCUAAGGAAAAAGAAUAUACGGUUUCGCAAGAGAUUGAAUACGAGUUUAACGUUGGAUUUUCAAAAGCUAAAGGCGUAACUGGUUUUUCGUUUGCUAAUAGAUGGGGUGUUAGUGAGGAGAAAAGUAAAACCCAAACGAUUGGUUCAAGUAGUGGUAUGGAAACUGAAUUGAAGCCAGGACAAGCUGUGACCGCGGUGUUAUCUGCAAAGGCAGGUUUUUUGGAAGUAGAAGUCAUUCAUAAAGCCAGCCUAGUUGGGAAUUUGGCUGUGAAUUAUAAAAGGCCCUACAGGGGUCAUCACUUUUGGGGUCCAUUGAUCCAGGAUGUUAUGAAGUCUGGGAAUGUGGACAAUGAGAAGACCAGUAUAGAGAGAAUUAAGUUCGGUUUCCAUGUGCACGCGUUUUUGAAGGUGUAUGACAAGGAAACUGGAUUGCCUGUAUGA